AUGGGUUCUCUAAAAUAUUUUAUAUAUAUUUCUGCAUUAACUUAUUUGUUCACCUUGGUUGCCGCAGUUGAUCCGACAACAAAAUGUGAAAAUAGUGAAAGUAGUAUAAAUUCAAAUGAACAAAGAGCUUUAUAUAACAUUAUUGUUAAUAGUGUAGAGAAUAAAAAUAGUCAACUUGGAUGGUUAAAUAAUUGUCACAAUAGAAAUAUUGGAAUAUCAACAGAAAGUAUUAGAUCAGUUAAAGACACAAAUUAUGUAAAGGAUUUUUCUGUUAAUGGUUUUUACGGAUAUUCUGGUUGGUUUACUGAGGACAUGGCAACCAUUACAAUUAAGAAUAAAGAUGGUACUCUUGUUGUGGAAAAAGACGGUAUUAUGAAAAUUAAUUACGUAGUCCCACGUACAAUCCAACCUAAUCCAGAACCAGGUUUGGAUCGUAUAGAUCAAGCAAAAGUUACUUUAGAUAAAAAAUUUGCAUUUCCUGAUUCGGCAGGGCAAGGCGUAAAUGUCUUUAUAUUGGAUACUGGCAUUCGUAAGACUCACAAAGAAUUUGAAGGACGCGCUAAAUCUGGGGGCCAUUUUUGUGAUGGUUGUAAAUCUGAUGAUGAUGGAGAUGGGCAUGGAACACAAGUUGCUGGAAUUGUGGCCGGUAAAACUUUUGGCGUAUCGAAGAAAUCUACCGUUAUUGCUAUAAAAGUUCUUGACGAUAACGGCCAGGGUAGUGUUACAGAUGUUAUAUCUGGAUUAACAUCUGUUCUAGAACGGCAUCAAAAUGCAACAAACAAAUAUACUGUAGUCAGCAUGUCUCUUGGAGGUCCAAAAACAGUUGCUCUGAAUGCUGCAGUAAAAGCGCUCACAGAUGCAGGAAUUCAUGUAGUAGUUGCAGCAGGAAACGACCACGAUGAUGCAUGUAAUUCAUCACCAUCAUCCGAACUAUCAGCAAUAACUGUCGGUGCAGUAGACAUUGAACCUACUGAUACCAAAACGAAUGGUAUCGCAGAGUUCUCCAAUUUUGGAAAGUGUGUUGAUAUUUUUGCACCAGGCGUAAACAUUAAAUCAGCUGGCAAUGCCAAUGAUAAUGCUACUCUUAUAAUUUCGGGAACUUCUCAAGCAACUCCACAUGUUUCUGGCACAAUUGCUCUUAUUAUUGCUAAAGAAGGUAACAAAAGUCCUGCCGAUAUGGCCGCUGCAUUGAAAAGUUUGUCAACAAAAAAUGUUAUAGAUUUUAGCCCUGUUGCAGGAGCUGAUAAACAUUCUCCAAAUAAUUUGUUGCGCGUACCUGUGCCAUAA